CCCAGCUAUUCUAUAACAGCUUGUCGGAACUUGAAGAGUCAUCUAACUUUCGCCUUAUCAUCCAAGUUAGGUACAUUACUGCGAGUAUCCAAUUGUGUAUGAAUGCAUGUCUCAACGACAUGCGGAUAUUGAUAUAGGACUCGCUCAGAUCGUUGCCGAGUUAGUUGGAGGAACGAAAUCCGAAAAUGAGACAAGAACAAACCACGGCAAGAAUGCUAGUAAUUUAGGUAGCCAGCUAGAGUUCCCGCCGACCAAACCGAGCUGUCGAGUUGAUAUUAUUAUAACAGACAGUUUUGACAGCACUGCCUACAGCGCUGUGAAAGCAAAAACCAAAGCUGCUAGCACCCCUCCUUUUACCAUCGGCCCGCGCCGAUCUGAGGUAUUCACAGCAGGUGCAUCGAAAAAACCCGGUAGCGUUGCCCAACCUAACCACCAUCUAAAAGAUAUGCAGUCUACCGCUGAGAUGUUUGACGCAGUAUUCAUGCAUGGCGGGGUAGAAUCAAUCAAGACACUUGCCAAGAGCAGCCGUGCUCUCUGUCAGAUCCGUGAAGCGUUUGGACAUCUCAAGGCGAUUGGUGGUACUGGUGAAGUUGUUGGGCUAUGUAACCUAGCGUCUGCGCUACCAGAGCUUCGGGUUUCGGCGACAAACGAGGCAGUUGAAUCAUAUGGGGUUGUGAUUUUGAGUAAAGCAUCUCCGGAGAGUUAG